CAGAGGACGUGCACACAAACCGCAGGCUAAAUAGAUAAUAAAAUUACAUCUCCAUUUUGUCCCUCUUUCACUUGGUGCACAGCGCUUGAGCAACUUCUUCUUUUUUGGAACUCUCAACAGAGAUGUGCCACCUUUUCCUCCAAGACUCACCAUAAAACAUCAUCAUGCAGCCGCCGCCACAGCAGCAGCAGCAGCAGCGCCUCCUCAAAGUGCUGGUCAUCGGCGACCUGGGCGUGGGCAAGACCUCCAUCAUCAAGCGCUACGUCCACCGGGUGUUCUCCCAGCAUUACCGGGCCACCAUCGGCGUGGACUUUGCUCUGAAAGUGCUCCACUGGGACCACGCCACGGUGGUGCGUCUGCAGCUGUGGGACGUAGCCGGACAGGAGAGAUACGGCAACAUGACCCGCGUUUACUACAAAGAGGCCGUCGGCGCUCUGGUCGUCUUCGACAUGACCCGGAUCUCCACCUUCCAGGCCAUCCUCAAGUGGAAAGGAGACCUGGACUCCAAGGUCGCCCUGAGCAACGGGAGACCAGUUCCCGCCGUCCUGUUGGCCAACAAGUGUGACCAGCGGCACCUCGGUUUGUGCCCCAAACUCCCCAAACUGGAGAACUUCUCCAGGGAUUACGGCUUUGUGGACUGGUUUGAAACGUCGGCCAAGCGCUUUCCGUCGUCACCAGGACAACACCAACAUCGACGCGGCCAUCGCGUGUCUGGUGAAGAACAUCAUGGCGGCCGAGGACGAGCGGGUGUCCAAGGGCGAAGGCGACGCCGGCGUCUUGGUGCUGCCGCGCUUCGACUACCGCGCCACGGAUAGGCGACUACCCGGAUGCUCCGGAUGCUCCGGACUCAAGCAGGGGAGUGACAGGAAACUUCAAUAACUGUUGAUUCGUCUUGGACACUUUUAAUUAUUAUUUUUUUAUUUCAGUAUUUGUACUCAAGCAAAGCACACUCAGUUUAUUUGCUCAAUUCCCUACUCCCUAAUCACUACUUUUAGUGAAAUUCAAAGUGAACCCGAUGAACCUCUGCGACAUCAUUGCUAAUGAAUGCAAUCCAAAACCAACGUUACCGUCCACGCCCCCCAUCCCCCACACACACACUUUUCCAACAAAAAAACUGCACACUGCCCCCUUCAGGUCAAACUCCAAAUCCCAGACCGCGUGGUGGUAUCGUGCGAAAGGGGCGGAAACGCGUUACCCGCUGGCAGAGGCAAAAAAAUUGUCGCAACAUAAGUAAGUACCCCCCCCCCCCCCCCCUCACCAGGAAUCUCACACCUGCCAAUCAUCCACAGUCGGCUCUGGUUAGCCUCUUCACUACGCACACACAGCUGGUUUUCGUCGGCCACACUGUGCUUCUUGAUGAAAGUUUUCCCACAACAGGAGAAGCAGAUUGAUCGUUUUGGUCUUCUA